AUGUCUGGUGUUCAAGAAAAAAAUUUGGAUAUCGAACAAGGUACUCCAGCAAUUGCCAAUCAAGCUAAUUUAACUGAAGGUGGUAACACUGCUUUUCACAAUUAUAUUAAUGAUUUUGCUCACAUCGAUGAUCCCUUAGAAAGAAGAAGAUUAGCCCUAGAAAAAAUUGAUGAAACUAGUUUCGGCUGGUUACAAAUUAGAACUAUUUUAGUUGCUGGUGUUGGUUUCAUGACUGAUUCUUAUGAUAUUUUCGCUAUUAAUAUUGGUAUUGCAAUGUUAUCUUACGUCUUUUGGGAAGGUAAUAUGCCAGCCUCUACUACUACUCUAUUAAAAGUUUCUACUUCUGUCGGUACCGUCAUCGGUCAAAUCGGUUUUGGUUGUGCCGCCGAUAUUUUAGGUCGUAAGAAAAUUUAUGGUACCGAAUUAAUCGUUGUCAUCGUCACAUGUAUAUUACAAUGUUCCAUUGGUACUUCUCCAGGUGUUAAUUUUGUUGCAGUUUUAACUUUUUAUAGAAUUAUCAUGGGUAUUGGUAUCGGUGGUGAUUAUCCAUUAUCUUCAAUUAUCACAUCUGAAUUCUCUACCACUAAAUGGAGAGGUGCUAUUAUGGGCGCGGUUUUCGCUAAUCAAGCUUGGGGUCAAAUUGCUGGUGCCAUUAUUGCUUUGAUUACUGUAGCUGCUUACAAGGAUGAUUUAAAACAUGCUAACUCUGGUGCUGAAUGUGAUGCAAGAUGUCAAAAGGCUUGCGAUCAAAUGUGGAGGAUCCUUGUCGGUUUUGGUGCCGUUCCAGGUGUAUUAGCUUUGUACUACAGAUUAACUAUUCCAGAAUCUCCAAGAUAUCAAUUAGAUAUUAAUACUGACCAUUCUGAAGUUCAAAGAGUUACCAUUAAUAACGAUACUAAACUAGAUCACAUUGACUCAUCUGAUGCUCAUUCUGAGAAUUUGGCCGCUUCUAUCUACCACGAUGAAGAAAGAAUGAUCGAACAAAUGUAUGGUGAUGAUGCUGCCGCUCCACCAAAGGCCUCUUUCAAGGAUUUCUGUCGUCAUUUCGGUCAAUGGAAAUAUGGUAAGAUCUUAUUAGGUACCGCUGGUACUUGGUUCAUGUUGGAUGUUGCCUUCUACGGUUUAUCUCUAAACUCUGCUGUCAUUUUACAAACUAUUGGUUACGCCGGUUCUAGCAAUGUUUACCAAAAAUUAUACGAUUCUUGUGUUGGUAAUUUGAUUCUAAUCUGUGCUGGUUCUUUACCAGGUUACUGGUGUUCUGUUUUCACAAUCGAUACAAUCGGUAGAAAACCUGUUCAAAUCAUGGGUUUUGUCAUGUUAACUGCUUUAUUCUGUAUUAUUGGUUUUGCUUACGAUAAAUUAACCGAUCACGGUCUAUUAGUUUGUUACGUCUUCUGUCAAUUCUUCUGUAACUUUGGUCCAAAUGUUACUACUUUCAUUAUUCCAGGUGAAAUUUUCCCAACCAGAUACAGAUCCUCAGCUCAUGGUAUCUCAGCGGCCUCUGGUAAGAUUGGUGCUAUUAUUGCUCAAACCGCUUUAGGUACUUUGAUUGAUCACAACUGUGCUAGAGAUGGUAAGAAGAAGAACUGUUGGUUACCACAUGUUAUGGAAAUUUUCGCUUUAUUCAUGCUUGUUGGUCUAUUAUUAUGUUUCUUAGUUCCAGAAACUAAGAGAAUGACUCUAGAAGAAAUUGCUGAAAAAUACCACGAUGAAGUAGAUCCAUCUAAAGUAAACAGACAACGUCUGGAAUCUGAAUCUGAAGAAGCUAGCAAUUCACAAUAA